UUUGAGACGCACCCUAUAAUGAGGACCCAAGACAGCCAGUGAAAGACACACGUGCGAAGUUUGUCUCUAAUGUCCCGAAUUCGGCUUGUGAGGAAACCUCGGGCAUCAUGAUGGUUUAACCUGAUCGAUACGGUCUACGAUGGAAGACAUUUGAACCCAUUAACGUUACUGCAUUAGAUUCACAGUCUAGUAUCAUUCAAGAGCUAGCUAAUGUAGCUAAUCAUGAAAUUUGGCAUGGAAAUGGAAUAACGCUGUGAUCCGGAACUGCUGCGUGUGUUAACGAUCACACAAGAUCAUACAGGAUCACACGGGAUCACACGGGACAGGCGCAAAGUCCGCGUAGGAAAACAUCGACUGAUAGUUGACGUUACUGUUGGGUAGGCUUGUUUUAUAUCCUGGGGGCUUUCUGUCCUUAAACACAGGUUCCUGCAUGCAAAAUAGCUCAAAUAUUGUCGGUAGAUCUACGUUACACUGAAGAUCCGGUCUCUGCGAUUCUGCUGAAGACAUGCCUGUGCCUGAGCGCUGAUUCACACAACAUGACAACCGAGGCAUCUGUCUCCUCCGCUGGUCGGUCUCAGAUUGCGGGAGGAAACACUGUGCAAAGGGACUACUACUACUUCCUCCGCUCCUUUGUAGCAGGAGGUGUAGCAGGAUGCUGUGCCAAGACCACUAUUGCACCUCUAGACAGAGUGAAAAUUUUACUUCAAGCUCAUAAUCCUCAUUACAAACACUUAGGAGUGUUUGCUACACUCAGGGCUGUACCAAAAAAAGAGGGCUUCCUCGGGCUCUACAAAGGAAAUGGGGCCAUGAUGGUCAGGAUCUUUCCAUACGGAGCCAUUCAGUUUAUGGCCUUUGACAACUAUAAAAAGUUCCUUAGUACGCAGCUUGGUAUAUCUGGGCAUGUUCAUCGGCUGAUGGCUGGAUCUAUGGCAGGAAUGACUGCAGUAAUUUGUACUUAUCCUCUUGAUGUUAUUCGUGCUCGCCUGGCGUUUCAGGUGACCGGGGAGCAUGGAUACACUGGCAUAGGAAACGCCUUCCAGACCAUCUACCUUAAGGAGGGGGGUAUCCCUGGGUUCUACCAUGGUUUAAUUCCAACCAUCAUUGGCAUGGCUCCCUAUGCAGGAUUUUCUUUUUUUACAUUUGGAACGUUGAAGAGUCUGGGACUGGCUCAUUUCCCAGAGCUCCUGGGAAAGCCGUCUCUGGACAACCCUGAUGUCCUGGUUCUGAAGACACACGUUAACCUGCUAUGUGGAGGAGUAGCAGGGGCCAUCGCUCAAACUAUAUCAUAUCCUCUGGAUGUUGCCCGGAGGAGAAUGCAGCUGGGAGCAGCACUCCCUGACGCCGACAAAUAUCUCUCCCUUACAAAGACCCUUAAGCAUGUAUAUAAUCAGUACGGGAUUAAAAAGGGACUGUACCGUGGCCUGUCUCUCAACUACAUCCGCUGUGUACCUUCGCAAGCCGUUGCCUUCACCACUUACGAUUUUAUGAAGCAAGUCCUGCACUUGAACUAGAGCAGGUAUCUUCACCUCCACACCAGGAACAAAACUGUACACAGCUUCUGGGAGUGUUGUAGGAGCACUGCUCACCAUGUUCACAUGUGGAUCAGGGGAACAUCACUUAACACAGAUCACUGGAAAUGAUCUGCCAAUGACACAAUGGUUGCACUGAACAAUCCGCCUUAAUCAUUCAGAUUUGAUUACGUCUUGUGUGAGUAAAACUAGUGACACAAAGCCUAUAUUUCUCCUGGCUGCUCUACACGUUUAAUACUGAUUAUAUACCAGUACGUGAAAGCAUGUGAGCAUGACUGAAAGGGGAAUUAUGAUUGUCUUCUCAACAUAGAGUUAGUACUUUAUUUUUCAUUAGGACACACUGCUUUAAAUAGUGGCAUACACUCACUGUCCACUUUAAUAGGAUCAUCUGUGCAUCUGCUCAUUUAUAAAGUUAUGCAAUUAGCCAAUCAUGUACAAAAUCAUGCAGGUCAAAAGAUUCACAUCAAAUAUCAGAAUGGGGGAAAAGUGUGAUGGCUGUGACGUUAACUGUGGCAUGGUUGUUGGUACCAGAUGGGUUGGUUUGAGUACUUCAUAAACUAUGUAAAUCUCUGUAGAUUUCCACACACAACAGUCUCUAGCACACAGUAUGUUUUUUUUGUUUGUUUUUCGCACCCUUAUGUGUAAACUCUAGAGAAUGUUGUGUGUGAAAACCGCAGGAGAUCAGCAGUUUCUGAAACAUUCAGACCAGUCCUUCUGGUACCAACAUCCAUGCCACGGAUAAAGUCACAGAGAUCACAUUUUUUCUUCAUUCUGAUGUUUGAUGUUGAAGCUCUUGACCUGUAUCUGCAUGAUUUUAUGCAUUGUGCUGCUGCCACAUGAUUGGCUGAUUGGAUAACUGCAUAAAUGAGGUGUUCUUAUUAAAGUGGACAGUGAGUGUAUAUUUUCUGGAUUCCCACCGUGUACCCCGAACAAAUUCUGUAGAGCCUGAUAUGGUUUUACUUGUAGUAUUUCUACUGAUUAUUUUCUCUAGUAGACUCUCUGUUUCUGAGAGCUUCUAAUAGUAGAUUCUUGUUUUUUUAUGUUAUUUUUUAUGUAAGUUAACCGUAUGUUGUAGCAUCUUUACAGAGGUGUAGAACAGCAGAAGGUUCAGUGUCAUCAUCCUGUUCAGUGCUCUUUUGUUUGCUUCCACUUGAUGGCAGUCUUAUCCUGAAACAGCAAUUUAACAGCGAAUUAUCUGUACACCAUUCACCAUUUUUUUUAUUAAUAUUUUGUUUUGUUAUAAACAUGCUUUUACCUACAGAUGCUGCUCUGUUUGAUGGAAAAAAAAAGAUGAAAGAGACUUAACUUGGUUAAAAAGAAAGUGUAACUUGCUUGCACAGCUUGUAUAUAUGGGGUAAAAUGAACAUUUAUUGUUAAUAUGCUUAUAUUUAUCGUUUUGUUUCAUGUCAUUUUCUGAAGUAAAUGUCUCGUAUUUCAUUUGUGGUAUUUGUUGCCCAUGAAUGAAAUCAUUAUAAUGAGCUCAGAAGAACUGCUCUGGGAAAUGUUUGUCUCAUUAUUAAGGUUGCAGUUGUAUUGGGAGACUGACAGAAGAAUGUAAUUAUUUAUGCGUUCAUGAGGAAUUUACUUUUUUAAAAAAAUGAAAUUAUAGGUGUGGAGUUUUACAUCAGGCAGAUAUUUAAUCAGUACAAAACUACUGAUCAGUGAAAAUGAUCAUUUAAUGUUUGUUCAUGCAGUGGUUAUAUUUAAUGUAUAUUUCUAUUUCUGCAAAACGUCAUUUGAUCUGUAUGUGAUCCAUGUGUCGGUAUAUCAAUAAAGUGUCUGUAGAAAGAG